GAUGUGUUUACACUACGGUUUACCCUCAGUAGAAGUAUAAUAGGUCAACUUGUAAGAUUUUGCACUGAAUUCAAUUGAUUCCUGUGUUAGUGUUUGGUAUUUUUUGUUUUUGUUUUUUUAAUAAAUAGUUUAAGGAAACAGUGGCUGGAAUCGACUUGUAAAAAAAAGUUGGGGGUAUCUGCCGGUCUUGAAAACGUUUUUAAAAGCAUGAACAUCAGUUUCCUCAAAAAUAAUUCUGAGAAGAUAUUAAAAAGUCUUAAAUUUCCUUUACUAUGGUCUUAAAUAUUUUUUUCUAGCCUGUUGUUUGUGAUUUUAUCACGAACUGGCUGGAAAAUCCCCAGUACUGUUCUUCUAGACCUAUGACCUUAUGUAAAAUCCAUAUGUGGAACUGAUAUAGUUAUUUUUUUAUUGGUUAAUCCAUGUGUUUUCUGCUUCUUAACCAGGUCAAGGUCAUGGUUGAUGACAAAUCUGUGAUAUUCGCUGGAAUUAUUGGUGAUAUAAAGUGUGAUAUAAAUGUCAAUAAGUUCAUGCUCUCGGUUAAUAAUGUAGUUACCACUAUUCCUACUGGUCUUCAUUGAUAUUUUUCUUACUGUUGCCGUGAAACAGGUAUUGAAUUGCAUUGGGUGUGGUAUCAAAGAGGCAUUAAAAAGACUGAGGUUUAACCGGAACCCAGCCCAAAGCUUGGAAAAUCACGGAUGCGAAAAGUUCAGCUGCGGGAAAUUAGUUUUUUAUUCGGGUUAUUUGUAAAAAUGAACAUAAAUAAACAAAGAAGAAAACUGACUUUUGCUUCCCCUUUUGUCUCUUAAGCGAGGGCAGCGGACGCUUCCCACGAUGCUGAGUCAAGACACAGCUGGAGAAGUGCCAGCACCAAAACAUAAGAAGAAGAGGGCGCGAAAGGAGACGAAUGGAGUCGACGAUAUGGACGAUCAGGGGGUGGAGAUGGGAAGCCUGGGCAGCAGGAGGGCGUCUGACGUCGGAGAGCAUCUUUCCCUUGAACCCACAACUGAAGCACCCCCACAGAGGAGGAAGAAGAAAAAGAAAACCGCUGCUAUGGAUCUUGAAGACGACCAAGCCGAUCUGGUGAACGGAGAUGCGGCGGAUCAGACCACCGAUGCAGAAGAAGUGGUCAAAAAACCCAAAAAGAAAAAGAAGUCAAAAGUCGUGGAAUCGCAGCUUCCCGUUGAGUUGGACGUAGAAGAGGACGAUAUUAUAACCGACACCCCUCCUCCUAUCCCCCAGCAUUCCCUGUUCUCGGCCCCGCAGGGUCAGAGCCAACCGGUGGGGAAGGUCUUUGUAGAGAGGAACAAGCGCUUCCAGGCAGCGGAGCGCUCAGACUGGAGGAAGACCAGCGACCAGAUGGACAACGUGACGGACUUCCAGCACAUUCAGCCGCUCUGGACCACCAGAGACGUUUCUCUCAGAGUGCACGAAGGCUUCAGGGUGUUCGGUCUGUACUGUCACGGCUUCCUGGCGGGCUACGCCGUGUGGAACAUCGUGGUGGUGUACAUGUUGGCCGGGCAGCACCUCACCGCCCUGUCCAACCUGCUGGAGCAGUACCACAGCCUGGCCUACCCCUCCCAGUGCCUGCUCUACAUGCUGCUGGCCAUCAGCACUGUGGCCGCCUUCGAUAGGUAAGGAUGGACUGGGUCAGUGCAGCUAAAGAGGCCAGGGCUUGUUCUCAUCGCUGCUCAGUUUGAAGAACGUUCCCAAAGCCAGAUGAUACACCACACUGAGAAUAAAGGCAGUGUAAAUCAGGUGUAUUUACGUCACACUGUCCCUCCUGUCAGUCACCCAACGGGUCGACCAAUCAGCUAAUUGUUGCAGCCCUAAAAACGUGUAUGUGUGUCGAAGUGUGAAGCAGAAAGCAGCUG